AGUGCGUUACCCUUCCAGUUUUCCUCUCAACGCCAAUUACACUAUUUGUUCAUUUCCAUCUUUUAUCGCAUCACAAAUACUUUUAUCUGUCUAUUUAACGAUGAGCAGUAUUUUAUUCGUGUAGUAGAUAAAAACCAUGCAUGCAGGCAACGUGCUAGAGUUUCAACUGCAACCCGGUGUAUCAAUAAAACCAAAAGUAGACGAAAAUGAAGUCAAAAAUAUCUUAAGCGGUAUUUACGGCUUGAAGUGCGUUUCGAUAAAACAGCUCAACGGGUACGACGAUUUCAAUUUCCACGUUAAAGUCAGUGACGAGUGCGAUAAUGAAAAUAUAAAGAAAAUAAACAAAGAUGGUUACAUUUUAAAAGUUAUAAAUUCUUUGGAUUCACAAAGACCGCAAUUUUUUGAAGCCCAAAAUGAAGUUCUACGUUUCUUGGGAAAAACUUCAAUUUGUUGCCCGCAACCCGUCCAAAACAAAAGUGGAGAGUUUUACAUCAUUCGGACAUUUUCAAGUGGAAAACACAUAGUUCGCUUGCUGGAAUUCAUCGCUGGCUCAAUUUUACACCAAGUGCCUACUUCAGUGAACCUGUUUUAUAAAGUUGGAAAAUUCGCUGCGCAACUGGAUCAAGCCCUGAAGAAAUUUCAUCAUCCGGCGUACGAUUGCAUCAAAUCUGUUUGGCACUUAGAGUCAGCUCCACAGCUAUCAAAGUUCUUGUACGUCAUAACUGACGAGACUAGGAAAAAAAUCGUAAGCGAAGUCAUCGAAGAUUUUCCGAAGCGAGUUUUAGCGGCUAAGUCGCGUCUGGAGAAAGGGGUAAUUCAUGGCGAUUUCAACGAGCAAAACAUUUUGGUGGACGAGAAAGACAACGAAUUGUACGUUAAAGCGAUUUUAGAUUUUGGUGAUAGCCAGUUUGGCUGUUACAUUUAUGAACUGGCGAUCGCUAUGGCCUAUAUGAUGAUCCAGGGAAAAAGCAUCGAAGCUGGUGGUUAUGUCUUAGCCGGGUAUAACUCGGUUAGGAAAAUUUCUGAUGAAGAAUACAAUUUAUUAAAAACGUGUAUAGCUGCCCGAAUGAGCCAAUCUCUAGUUCUUGGAGUAUAUACAAGCAUUCAUGAUCCUGACAAUCCUUAUAUUUUAACAACUGCAAAAACUGGAUGGGCUUUACUGGUCGAUUUUUGGUCUAAACCUGAAAGUGAAUUGUUGGAGGUUUGGAAGAAAAUUGUUGACGAAACUGCUGAUUGGUCUUAGUAAUGAAACAUAUUGUUCAAAUUUUAAAUAAAAAACAAUACAGUAUAAAAGAAAAA